AGUGCAACCGGCUGCUUCGAAUUACACGAACGCUUCGAAGAUUAAUUCUCCCCUUCAACCUCUCGUUAACCAUCGUUGUCGUUGUGGCGGGGCGGAUGGUAGUCCAGAAGGAGAAUGCGACGGCGACUAUAAAACCUCAUCAUGACCAACCUGGCCACUGUGCUGUUACUCGGUCUAACGGUGGUAUCGUAUGCACAAUACAACAGAUAUCCAUACAACCCUGAGUACUACGGCAAACAUAUCGCCAUAUUGCGACAAUCGAAAGACACAGCACCAGACGGAUCUUAUUCCUACAGUUACGACACCGAAAAUGGGAUCUCGGUAGCGGAACAAGGACGUCCAAAGAACAUUGGUCCAGGUCAAAUCGAGGAGGUCAGAGGUCAAUAUAGUUACACGGCACCAGAUGGUACACCGAUAUUGGUCACUUACAUCGCAGACGAGAACGGCUUCCAAGCGAGCGGUGCUCACCUACCUACACCACCGCCCAUUCCACCUGCCAUCCAACGAGCCCUCAGCUACAACGCGGCUCAUCCCGAGGAGGAGGAGCCUUACAGAAGACUUGACUAUGCUUACAGAUCGUACGAUCUACCUUUAAGCCGAGACGUCAGAGAUAUUACGACUUGCAGACGAUCAUACAGCGGUCCUGUACAGAUGCAGGUAGAUAUGAGAGUUUGUGAUGCUCUCUGGGAGUGGUCUCACCUAAGAACAAUGCGUUUACGCCUUUGGAUGGCGAAAAACAGAGAGCGAAUUAUGAAUAUAUCAGGAAUGAAAUCAUCGUUGUUUGUGCCACAGAUUCGAUACUCUUCAAAUCGGCAUCACGAUCCUUGGAGAAUCAUCAUCGUCAUGCAGUACACAAUACUGAUCCUCACUCUUGUUGGCUCUGCCUUGGGGCAAUACGGAGGAUUCAGAGGUUUCAAUCAAAAUCUCUUUCCGCAAACACCAAAGCCUAGUUAUCAACAGCCGCAGUAUCAACCGGAAUACAACCCAUACAGUGGUCGGUUUAUAGCGAUUCGUAGUCAGCAACGUGAUUCCUUCCCGGACGGCUCGUACAACUGGAGCUACGAGACAGAAAAUGGAAUUUCAGCAUCGGAAACAGGUCGUCCUAAGCCUGGUGGUGCACCUGGACAGCAAGCCGAGGCGGUACAGGGUAGAUUCUCAUACACGGCACCCGAUGGUACACCUAUUCAAUUGGACUAUGUGGCAGAUGAAAAUGGCUUCCAUCCUCAGGGUGCUCAUUUACCAACACCACCCCCAAUUCCAGAGGCCAUAAGACGUGCGCUAGCAGCCAAUCCAUCUGGACCAGACGAUUCAAAAUACGGACCGGCUUAUAAUCAAAUACCAUAUAGAAGAUAUUAAAAUCUUAUUGGGUGUCGGGGGUGACGCCAUUGCAACUUCCUCGGUGUCAAGGACACCGCGCGAUAGUUCGAACGACGUUCUUGCCUUUGGUUUCUUCCUUUUCUGCUCAGCUUUCCUAUAUGGAUGCAAGACCUCGUGUAUGAACCUUCGAGAAAGAGAAAGAGAAUAAGUGAAUGUGAGAGAGAGAGAGAGAGAGAGAGAGAGAGAGAGAGAAAGAGGAAAAAUGCAUAGGUUCGCGCACCAAAGCGUCAUCGUUAUAUCUAACAUUUCUUUUUUUUUUAUUUUGCGGCAGGAAGGAUGGUGACAUGACAUUUGCCUAAUCUAUAACAAAAAUUUCGUAAUAAAUCAAUAAAACGUUUAAUAACUUUGACA